GGGGCGGAAGCGGAAGUGAGGUGUACGGGCGGUGAGUGUUGUGAUGGCGCAGGGCCUGCUCUGCCUGCCGCCGCCGCUGUGAGGCCGCCGGGGCCGGUGAAGCCGUGGGCCGGCCGGCCGGCAGACCGAUCGCCGCCGCCCUCCCACCGCCAACGCGCAGAGCGGAGCUGAGGGCGCCUUCAGGUAACGCAUUCAUCUGAAACCAUGGAGUCCAUGCUUAAUAAGUUGAAGAGCACUGUUACCAAGGUAACAGCAGAUGUUACCAGUGCAGUGAUGGGAAAUCCUGUAACCAGGGAGUUUGAAGUGGGGCGCCACAUAGCUAGUGGUGGAUCAGGAAUGGCCUGGAAGAUCUUUCAUGGUGUAAAGAAGUCAACCAAACAGGAAGUGGCUGUAUUUGUUUUCGACAAAAAACUAAUCGAGAAGUGCCAGAAAUUUGAAAAAGACCACAUAAUUGAAUCACUCAAAAAAGGUGUGCAGCAGCUGACGAGAUUGAGGCACCCACGUCUGCUGACUGUACAGCAUCCAUUGGAGGAGUCCAGAGACUGUUUAGCCUUUUGCACGGAGCCCGUCUUUGCAAGUUUAGCCAAUGUCCUCGGUUGUUAUGAACACCUCCCAUCUCCUGUACCUCCAGAAAUUAAAGAUCACAAGCUUUAUGAUGUGGAAAUCAAAUAUGGUUUGUUGCAGGUUUGUGAAGGCCUCUCCUUCUUGCACAGCAGUGUUAAAAUGAUUCACGGGAACCUGACACCAGAGAAUAUCAUUUUGAAUAAAAGUGGUGCCUGGAAAAUUAUGGGUUUUGACUUUUGCAUAUCAUCUUCUAAUUCCUCGGAACAGGAGCUUAAAUUUACUUGCAAGGAGUGGGACCCAAAUCUUCCUCCUUUGUGCCUUCCCAACCCGGAGUAUGUCGCUCCAGAGUACAUCCUGUCGGUGAGCUGUGACCUCGCCAGUGACAUGUACUCGUUAGGAGGUAUCAUGUUCACUGUGUUUAAUGAUGGCAAGCCAAUCUUCGAAGUCAACAAGCAGGACAUCUUCAAGAGUUUCAGCAGGCAGCUGGAUCAGCUUACUCGUUUAGGCCCGGGCAUACUGCAGAAGGUUCCUGAGGAGGCUCGGGAGCAUCUGAAACUGCUGUUAAAUGUAACACCCGCUGUGAGACCAGAUGCUGAUCAGCUAUGUAAGAUUCCUUUUUUUGACGAUGUAGGGGCUAUGACUCUGCAGUAUUUUGAUUCCCUAUUCCAGCGAGACAACCUCCAGAAGUCACAGUUUUACAAAGGUCUGCCGAAAAUUCUGCCAAAGCUUCCUAAGCGGGUUGUCGUUCAACGCAUCCUGCCAUGCUUGACGUCAGAGUUUGUGAACCCAGACAUGGUGCCCUUUGUCCUCCCUAACGUCCUGCUCAUAGUUGAAGAGUGUACCAAAGAGGAGUACGUUAAGCUAAUUCUUCCCGACCUUGUACCAGUCUUCAAGCUGCAGGAACCCAUUCAGGUGCUGCUCAUCUUCUUGCAAAAGAUGGAUCUGCUGUUGACUAAAACUCCUGCAGAAGAUAUAAAAAGCACGGUCUUACCAAUGAUUUACCGAGCUCUGGAAGCACCGUCGAUUCAGAUUCAGGAGCUUUGUCUGAACAUAAUUCCAACGUUUGCAAACCUGAUAGAUUAUCCAUCCAUGAAGAACUCUUUAAUACCUCGCAUUAAGAGUGCUAGUUUACAGACCUCCUCCCUGGCAGUGCGUGUAAAUUCACUGGUUUGCCUCGGCAAGCUCUUAGAAUAUCUGGACAAGUGGUUUGUCCUGGAUGAGAUCCUUCCUUUCUUACAGCAGAUUCCAUCUCGGGAGCCUGCAGUUCUGAUGGGAAUUUUAGGUAUCUACAAAUGUACCUUCAGCCACAAGAAGCUGGGAAUAACCAAAGAACAGUUGGCCUCCAAAGUGCUGCCACACCUCAUUCCCCUCAGCAUCGACAACAACCUGAAUCUGAACCAGUUUAAUUCCUUCAUGGGAGUGAUCAAGGAAAUGUUAAGUAAGUUGGAGGGAGAGCACAAAACUAAACUGGAGCAGCUGCACAACAUGCAGGAACAGCAGAGAAGUCUGGAUCUACCUGGCCAAUUCUCCAAAACCGCUGAAUCAAAGGAAAGCCAGGACAAUCAGAUUGACAAGAUCUUCUCUGGUUUUGGUGUGGACGCUGACAGAGAAGCUAACAGAAAGGAAAAUGGCUUGGCCUCCAAUCCACAGAAGGCAGUCAAGACCUCUCUGACGCUGGAAGAAAAGCAGCGCCUGGCGAAGGAGCAGGAACAGGCUCAGAAACUUCGCAAUCAGCAGCCUCUUGCCCCAAAGGCCGUCAAGGUUUCUGCUCCCAGCUCACAGACCAAAGACCUGACGAGUAGCUUGUUGGAAAACAUGACCUCCAUGAACUCGCUUUCCAUCAACUCAUCCAAGCAGGGUUCUGCGCAGACUGCUUCCUGUAGUGGGUUCUCCGGCCCGGCAAACAGCGGCAUGGGUUUCGCCAAACCCAGCGCCAGCCUGAACGCUUUAGGAGGCAUGAGCAACGGCGCGGGUUUCAGUUCUGCCUUGCCCUUCCAGUCCACGUUCGGGAACAGCAUGGGAAUGGGCGGCACGGGGCAGAACUUCUACGCUGGCCGAGGGAGCUCCAGUAUCAGCCGGAUGCCCGUGUCGUCGGCCACCAGCCUCCCGGCUUUCUCGGGCGUGGGCACACUGAACCAACCUGGGCGUGCUCCGGUUUCACAGCCCAACAAAGCCAUGGACCUGUCUGCUUUGGACAACCUGCUGGGCCCUCAGAAGAACAAAGUCAGCAUGAACCAGAUGGCCCAGAUGUCCCCGGCAGCUCAGAACCAGUGGCUGAGCCAGUUUGUCCCUGCCCAAGGCUCAGCGGCCGCGAGCAGUCCGAUGGGAGGGCAGCAGCCAAGGGCAAUGGGGCAGCCGGCAUUCCCUGUGACGCCUCUACCGGCCAACCCGUUCAUGUCACCCCAGAACUUUGCACAGGCAAGCUUGCCAACGAACUCCAUGCCGUCUAGCAGCUCGGCCAAUAACGACUUGAAGGACUUGUUCGGCUAGUAAUUUCCUGCUGUUACUGCAGACGUUUUUUUUUGGACGAAGACCGAUUAAAUAUGUUUCAGUUCCAUUUGGGUACCUUGUGAUUUUAUACAGAAGUUGUUCCAUUUUUUUUUGCUGCUGUGAAACCCACAUGGCCUUACGCAGUAAAAGCCACACACUGCUUCGAAAACGUAUCCCAUGUGUCAGAGGUGAUCCUAAAGUUGUCUUUUUGGUGGGUGUUGCUGUGAGAAGGUUGUCCACCCUGUCCUGCCUUCUAAGUUCCACUCAGUGAGAAGCUAUCUGUCUGGGACCAGUUCUGGAGCCUUACUGAACGUGCAACAAUAUCAAGCAAUGUAAUUUAUUCUACGUAUUGAUCCUCAGCUUCUAUUAAAAUGGCACUGAUGAUUCAGUUUACCGUCUUGGCUUCUAAUAAGCGAAUCUAGAUUGCCUGGAGGGCAAGAUCAGGUAAUUUACAGUAGCUGCCUGAUCUCUCUAUCUCUUUCUCAUUAGGCAACGAGUUAACAUGACCCGCGAGAUGAAGACGAUUUUGAAAUGAGCUGGAACAUCUCUGAUCAGCCGAGCCACAGUUCAGACCCCUUGUGAAUACUCUUGACACUAGCAGUAUGGCCUUUAUGGAUACUGAAUUCCAAAGUAAUUAAACACAGAAACAUUCCUGUUUUUAUUUUGGUUUUAAGGCACCUGAGUGUCUUCUUGAAACUGUCUUCAGGUCAUUUUUAGGUAUUCUGUUUGAUUGUAAUGGUUUGGUGAUGAUAAAAUAUAUUGUGUGCAUAUUUUGGGCAUUGGUCAUUUCUUGCCUAUGUCUUUGUGAUGAAUUCUGUGGUAGUUUAAAAGAUGCUUUGUCCUGGCAUGGCAUUAUUGUAAAUCACCUUUGCUGAGUACUGCGGUUAUUUAAAAAAGACCAGAAAUAUUCUUGUACGCAAUUUCAGAUGAAUUGAAAUGUACAGUAUUCAGCAACUUUAAAUCACUUUAUACUGUAAUGAGAGAGGCUGGUAUAGUUUUGGAAGUUAGAAAGUGAAAAUGCCAGAUGAAUUAAAAGGAAAUAAAAAAAAACUUCAAAUGUUUUAACAUUAAAAAUGAAGAAAAGCUAGCUAGC